CAAUAUAAUAGGCUAAUCAAUAUAAGCUCGCAAAUCUAUUUUCUUCCUUGAUUGUUUUUUAAGGACGCUGUUUUCAUCUCAGAUUUACUAGCAAUAGUGUAUAUUUAUAUUUUUUAUAAUUAUUUUAUUGAUAAAUAGUCUAUGAAACAAAUGCUUCAAAACAGAACUAAAUGUAAAGUAUUCGCUUCUGAUUAACGUUUUCUGUUCUCACCACUUCGAUAAAUCUUAUCCAAUAAAUGUCAUUCAUUCAUUGGAAGCGGAAAUAAGACAAUAAGAUCAGUUUCGUGGAAAAGUGUGAAAACUGUUAUUUCGUGAGCCACAGUGCUUCUUGUCGAAUACAGCAGGUGGGUGGGACUGCCAGCUGCAUAAAAAAAAAAAAAAAGAAACCCCUAAAAAAACAACACCGGAGCGACCACCCAUCUUGUACAGAAACCUGCCGCAACGCAUACUCAGAUACAAAAAAGCACCAAAUGGGAAAAAUUAAAUGCUUCCAAAAAUAUGUCUUAAAAAAAUCGGACACUGAAACUCAGGAACAACACUUUCACAGGGAAAAAUCGUGGUUAUGGAAGUUUUUUUCUGGGCUUUGUCUACUGGUAUUCAUGUUUUUUCUGGUUAUAUGGUCUUAUAUGGGAAAUGGAAGAAAAAAACACCCUUCACCCAGCUUUUUGUCUCAGCACUGUGCAGGACUUCAGAACUCUUCAAACUCUGGCUCUCCUGCAGGAAUCAAUUCAGAAGUCUCAGAAAUGUCUCAGUCACCAAUAAACUCUUUUUACUCUGAAUUUGGAAUCCAUUUAGAUGACUACUCCAGGUUACAGCAGGCUGUUUACUGGGACGGGCCUGACAGAUCAAUCACAAAUGUGUCCAUGAGUACUAGUCCAGCUCACACCACAUUCAUCAUAGAGAACCUGAAAGAGAACUACCAAACUGGUGAGGAACUUUUUGUUACGGUGCACGCAAAGGACUUUUAUAAUAAAUCUAAGCGUUAUGGAGGCGACUUUUUUCAAGCCAAGCUGUUCUGGUCUGAAACUAAGGCAAGUGUGUUUGGGGAGGUGGUGGACCUGUACAAUGGCUCCUACUCUGCGCGUUUCCUCCUGCCAUGGGCCGGUGAAGCCCAGGUGGCUGUGCGUCUAAUUCACUCCAGUGAAGCUGUGCAGGUCCUGAAGCAUCACAGAGAUACUGACUCUGACAGGGUGUACUUUAAUGGAUAUUACGAGGGACCAGGACCAAAUAAGACCAGGCUGAGGGAAACAGUGACGUGUAAUGUUAAGUGGGACAAGAAUGGACUUAUGGGAAAUGAAAAUUGUUGCUGUGAUUACAAAGAUCCCCGUACCAAAGAAAUAUGGCGCUGCCAGAGACCCAAAUCCCUGCCAUGCAGUGCUCUUGUGUACCACUCUAUGGGAGGUUAUAGAAAUCGUCUGACUGGUAAAGAGAAGGAGCUUAUGAAGCAAACUAACAAAGAUAUCAAUGGAGAUAAGAGCAUCAUCAAAAUUUUUAAUUCCCAUGGAAAUGAAACUGCUGAUGUAGCAGAGAAAUGUCAUCCUGGUUUACACACUCCAGUUCCAGCUGGCUUCUACCUGAAUGAUGUGUGGACAUCUUUUGUCUGUAGCACCCGCCAUUUUACAACCCAAGCGACAACAGAGUGCCUGAAAGACAAACACAUUUACAUGAUGGGAGACUCUACUAUGAGACAGUGGUUUGAGUUCUUUGUGAAAGAAGUACCAAACCUGAAGCAGAUGAACCUGCAUGUCCAAUAUCAGUCAGGGCCGCUCCUAGCAGUGGAUGUGGAAGACAAAAUUGACUUACACUGGAGGGCUCAUGGCGUUCCUCUUCGCACUGAGAAAACAAAAAUUGCUAAUCUGCACUACAUCAGUAAUGAGAUCGAUGAUCUGGCUGGAGGACCCCACACAGUCAUUAUGUUCAAUCUGGGGCCCCAUUUCACCACGUACCCUCUGGAUUACUACACCUAUAGAGUGUUGACGAUCCGCAAAGCUGUUCUAGCAUUGUUACAUCGGUCACCUGACACUACUGUUAUAAUCAAGACUAUCAACACUGGCUAUAAGGAUAUUUUCGGGAGUGACUGGUAUUCUCUACAACUGGACAGAGUUCUCCGUUGGGCUUUUCAGGAUGUUGGUGUUUAUAUUCUGGAUGUGUGGCAAAUGACGGCCUGUCACUACAGCAAAGAGAACAUUCAUCCAGGCCCUGUCAUCAUCAAAAAUGAGAUAGACAUUUUACUUUCUUUUAUUUGCCCCGGAUAAAUUUUUAUUAUUACAUGUGAAAAUUCAGGUCACGUGCAGAAAAACUACCCUAAAAUACUUUGUUUUAUUUUAUUUUUUGAAAUUAUUUGUCACUCCUGAUGUUUGUCUAAUAUAGGCAUACUUUACACGUUCACAAACCUAAUCAAAUAUAUUUAAGUAGUUAUACUGGAUUAGGUAACAUUUAAAAAUACAGAUCAAAUAAAAGAAAAAUGAAAAGUGAAAUAAUGAGAUUUAAAGUCAAAAUAAUGACAUACUAAGUCAAAAUAGCUUUUCCCUGGUGUUGGUUCACCCUUGCCUUUGACUUAGUAUGUCAUAAUUUCAACCUUUUAUGUUAUAAUUUUGAAUUUUAAAGCUAUAACCAGAACUAAGUAUUGUCAUAACUUGAUAACUAUGACAUUUAAAGUCAUAAUUAAUUUACCAACACAUGAUUUACUUUUCUUACAUGGAAGAAACGGGCUGUCAUAUGUUUCUCAGCCAGGCCACUCUAAAACAUAAAGUGGGCAAUAAGAUGCCUAAUGAAUGAGAACAUAAUAUAUAUAUAUAUAUAUAUAUAUAUAUAUAUAUAUAUAUAUAUAUAUAUAUAUAAAUAUAUAUAUAUAUAUAUAAUGUAUUUUCUUUUAUUAUUACAUAUAUAAAAAUAUUCUUAAAAUAAUUUAGCUUUCCAAAAACUAUUUUAUUUCCAUAAUCAUAUACAUCAUGUUUGAGUAGUGUUAUAUACUUGCAUGUGAACUUCUAAGGAAGAACUGAAGGGGUUGUGCUAAUCUCUAUAGCAAAAUGUCACACUUGACCACCUUCUACAUUUUAUCUAGCAGAUGGAUUAAUGCAAAUUCUAUCACUUGUGAGUUGCCAAAUGCAGAUGCGAAACCUUUCUUAUGAAACACCAGCUCACACCCCAGCUGUAAAAAAAAAUGUUUUUGGUUACUGAGAAUUAGCACAACACCCAUGCACAGUUUCAGUUCUAUAAAAUAUAUACUGUAUUUAUAAAUAUAGCUGGAAUCAUCCAUUAAAUUGACAUUUUUGUGAUUACCACUUGGUAGCUGAACCAAACCAGGCUGUUAUGAACACAGGAUGGACUCGAUAGCUGAGUAGAACUGUUUGAGAAGCUCCUAUGGCAGGUUGAAUUUCCUCAGCUGGCAAAGGAAGUACAACCUCUGCUGGGUCUUUUUAGCAAUGCUAUGGCUGGAUUACAGACCAAAAGGUUCCUGAAAUAAUCUGAUAUUUACAGCUCCAUCUUUCUUUUCUCUGUGCUUACAGGUUUGUCAAGAUUCUCUCACUAGGUGCGUUUACAUGGACACUUUUUGCUUCCAUCGGAAUGAAUUCAUUCUCCUUGACGAAUCCGAAUGUAGUGUUUACAUGAACGGUAAAUAAAGUGAUCGGGUUGAUGUGCGCAUUUACAUGUCACAA